AGUGACGUGCAUAUUUCACGGCUAUACUACUCAAACAGAUUACACAGGUUGCCCCUCAACGCUCACUUGCUUUCACAAUUGUGUCGCGGAGCUUUAGCGACGCCAGCUCCUUAUGCGCUACGCCCAAUUUUGUGAAAAAGCACGCUGCUGCAUACUGAACAAAUGUGGGCCGCUCAGCGCCGGCCAGCCCUGUAUUGCACGGACGCCCUGCUCAGCUGUAACUGAGCGUACCGAAGCGUGCAACAUCGUAUCUAGUAUCUGUGUUGCUGGGAUAGUGUAGACUGGACCGAGUCGGCGGCACGGACGAGCCGCCCAGCCAACGUGCGUCCCCUUCCAGCACCCUCAAGCAGCACCCUGUUCCGCCAACGCCAUGGCUGUUUUACUGCGGGCACACCCAUCAGCAGCCACCCCGACAGAUGCCACAAGGCCUGUCACCUGGCGGCAAGUGCCGCCUGCCGCUAGCCUCACAGCUGCCUGGCCUCCCCCGGCCUCCAGGAGGGCCGCCACGGUGCCGGCGGCGCUUGCUGCAGCCGGCAGCGAGCAGCCGUUAAACACUGGUCGGCAGCCUCCCUCGCUGGCUGAGCGGCCGCGACCUCCACCCUCAGCGGGAGGUCAUCGCCGGCAGGUUCCGUCCAUCCUGCCGGUGCCUGGCGAACAGAAGGCGGCCGGCGCGGCGCCCACCCACGUAGACCCAGCGAUGCCGGCUCGGGACGUUUUGGCACCAGCCGACAAGGAGGGGGCCCAGCGGCUGGCGCAGCUGGCUGCAGGGGCAGCAGGGGCGGGUCGCCAUCACAGCUCUGGAGCUUCGGACUCUGGGGCCUCCGGCAGUACCGGGGCGGCGCCGGAGGAGCGGCCGAGGCAGCCGCCGCCGGCUCCCCGGCGCCGCGCAGUGCCAGUGUUCAGCGACGUGGACCAGCAGGUGUCCGCCGCGUAUGACGGCCUGCAGGUGACGGUCACCGGCCGCGACCCGCCCGCGCCCUUGGCCUCCUACAACCAGCUGUCGGGGCCCGCGGCGCGCUACAAGGUGGCGCCCCUGCUGCUGCGCAACGCCGCGGCCGCCUACCGCCUGGCCCGACCCACACCCGUGCAGGCGCACGUGCUGCCCGCAGUCAUGGAGGGCCGUGACGUGCUGGCGGUGUCCGUGACCGGCAGCGGUAAGACGCUGAGCUACCUGCUGCCCUGCCUGGCCCAGCUCAUGAGCGGGCGGCCGCGGCCCGGCACCAAGAACAGUGCCAGCCCGGACGCCCUGGUGCUGGUGCCCACACGAGAGCUGGCGGAGCAGGUGUACGCGGACGCCCAGCUACUGCUGCGCGGCAGCCACCUCAAGGCGCUGGCGGUGCACGGCGGCGUGUCGGUGGCAGAGCAGGUGCUGGCGGUGAGGGGCAGGCUGCGGCGCAGUGGCGGCGGUGUAGACCUGCUGGUGGCCACGCCCGGCCGCCUGGCCCAGCUGGUGGAGCGGCGGGUGGUGCGGCUGGGGCGGCUGAGCUGCCUGGUGCUGGACGAGGCGGACAGACUCAUGGACCUGGGGCUGUGGCCGGACCUGAGGGUGCUGCUGAGCCACAAGGACCUGCCCACGGCGCGCCAGACGGUGCUGACGUGUGCGGCGCUGCCCAGCGAGGAGCAGGGCGGGCGGGCGGCGUUGGAAGGGCUGCUCCGGGACGCGGUGUCGGUGUGUGUGGGCGAGCACCGCCUGGGCGAGCGGCGGGACGGGGCGCCGGCCAGCAGCAGCGGCGGCCUUGUGAGCCCCGUGGUGCGGCAGGUGGUGGAGCUCGUUGACGGCGGACGGGGGGCGGAUGUGGAGGCGCUCAAGGCCGCCCGCCUGCUGCAGCUGCUGGCACCCGUCACAAACGAGGGCGUGGCGGCGGGCGCGGACGCGACGGGCGGCGGGCCGGCGGUGGUGUUCACUCGCAGCCUCCAGCGCGCGGAGGAGGUCGCGCGGCAGCUGGCAGCGCGCGGAGUCAGCGUGGCGCUCAUGCACCGGGACCUGACGCAGGACCAGCGUGACGAGGCGCUGCAGUGCUUCCGCUUCGGCGUCACCAGCGUCCUGGUGGCCACCGGCCUGGCCUCGCGCGGUCUCAACUUCCCGGAUGUGGGCCACGUCAUCAACUACGACGUCCCCCUGUCGCUGUCCGGCUACGUGCACCAGGUGGGCCGCACAGGCCGCGGCGGCAGGCCCGGACUGGCCACCACCCUGUUCACAACCCGCGACCGGCCCCAGGCAGCAGCCUGGCUGGUGGACUGCCUGCGGUCGGCCCCGGGCGGCCAGGUGCCGGCCUGGCUGCAGCGGCUGGCGGCGGAGGCGGCCAUGAAGGCGGCGGCGACGGAGGAGGGGGCGCUCGAGGCGGCGGCCACGGCAGCGGGCGGCAGCGGGGGCAGGCGGGGAGACGGGAUCACGGUGCGGCCGCGCGGGACGGGCCGAGGUGCCCUGCCCGGCACUGGGGCAGCGGGUACCCGGGGGCGAGCGCGCCAGGUGUUUGAGUUAAGUGGCGACGUGCUGGCGGGUGGACCAGAGGGGGACGCCGGGGAGGCAGCAGCACAACUGGGCGCAGUCACGGAGCAGGAGCUGGGGCGAAGUACCGGUGGUGACGGCGGCGCGGCAGCAGAAGCACGAUUCGGCGUGUUCCUGCCGCCCCGACCCGGUCGCCGCCAAGGUCCUGCAGUGGCCCUCCAUGGUGGCGCUGGUGGCCGGGGUCUGGCCGUCGAUGAGGCGGGGCCUGUGGCCACUGCCGCCGCUGCCGGAGACCUGGCGGGCAGCGUCACUGCCUCGGCAUACGCUGCGCCAGGCAGCGGCGGUAGCGGCGGAGCUGUGGUGGACAGGCGCCAUGACGCGGAGGCCUGGCAGGCUGUUUUUGACUUGGCACUACAGCCGCUGCAGCCACCCAAGCGGCAACAGAAACAAACAGCCCUGGGUGGGACGGCGCCGGAGGACGCAGCGGCGGGUUCUGGUAAGAGCUCGCGGCGGCGCCGUGGGAACCUGGAGCCCAGCCGUGAGGGUGCAGCGGGGGCCAGGGAGGAGGCCGUGGACGAGGAGCACGUGGCAGCACAGCAGCAGGGGGCAGGGCGGGGGGGCCUGCUGUUUGCGGAUGGCUCAGUGGUGGCGGAUGCGCGGCCCGAGGCGGGUGUGAGCGUGGCGCCCCAGCGGCAACGGCGGGCGGGGAGGCGGGCGAGCGGCUGAGGUAGCGGUGCAUGCGCCUGGUUGGUAGGCUCGCGACUUGCGUUGGCAGGACGACGGAGUGACUGCUCGGGACUCAUGGCACUGCUGAUUUAGGUAGGUAGGUCAGUACGAGUGUAGGCCCGGCCUGACACCCUCCCUUGCAGCACGGGGCAGAUGUGGCUGCCACUGUGCAGGUAGGAUUCUGUUGCCGGCUAUCGGCUGCCUGGCCUUGCAGCUAGGAAGUGUAGGAAAAGGGACUAAGGCCAGCCGCCAGGCAAGAAGGCUUUAGUUCCGCAGAACUUGUGGUUUGCGUUUGCGGCAGCUGGGCCGCACCUGGCCGCACUGGCGCCGCGGAAAGACCCUUGAGCCCUUCUCAAUUUACAGCUAAAUUGCAAGCCAAGGGGUUUUACGGUAGCCUGGUAUUGCCGCUAUCAAGCUAUGGUAGCACGUGAUGGGCUAUGGACGUGUGCCGGGCUCGCUACAGCCAGUGCUGCCUUCGCAGUGGCAGCCAGUCACCCAUCAUGACUGCCAGGUACCCCGCCGCCGACCCCGCAUACAAGCAGUGCGCACAUGCAGACAUGCUAUGUACCUCCCGUCCU